GUUCUCGGUGUGGGCAUCAAGCUACCUACUAUACUUGUCCCUUUCGCUUUCAUUCAGAAUUUCUACGUCUACUUUGCAGUUCAUUUUCGUUGAAUGAAAGUCGUAAUGUUAUUUUCAGCUGUGAAUUUAAUUUGAAGUUUCAAGUUUGUGAUGUAAAUUAUCACCUAAUAAAAUGCCCGCUAAAGGUACUAAACGAUCAAGAAAGUCAAGACUGGUGCCGCGCGUUUGUGUUGAUACCGAAGAUGAUGGAUCGCAAUCGCAAAUGCAGAAGACGUCUAAAAGUUCUGAAAACUCCAAGGAUAUUGUAGAAGCAUCACCGCCUAUCAAAUUCAGUGUAAACAUUGAAGUAGAAGAGUUUAGUGAAGAUCCUAUUGUUUGUGAUAAAGUAGACGGAAUAAGGAUUGAAGAUAAUAUUAACAAUUCAUUCUCGAUAAAAAAUCAGGAAUCACAAAAUAUUGAUGAGAAACAAGAUGAUGACGACAAUACCCAUGGUAAUGACAACAAUGCCCAUGGUAGUGACAACAAUACCCAUGGUAAUGACAACAAUACCCAUGGUAAUGACGACAGUACGCAUGGUAAUGACGAGGGUACAGGUACGCAUGGUAAUGAUGAGGGUACAGUUGCUAAUGAUGAUAGUAUACAAAGUGAUGACGCUAACGAUGUCAUUAUUAAUAGCAAUGAUGAUUCGCAAACGUCAACAGUUUCAACAAAAAAUGCAACAGCAGAAAAAAAGCCAAAGAAGAAGAAGAAUUUACUCAACAAAAUAUAUAAUAUGUCACAGCACUCGGCAAAAUUAGUGAAACAAUGUAAGAUAACGGACGAAUAUUUCUUCAAAGAAUUGGAUGAGUUAUCAAAGAAGCAAUUAGAUAAAGCAGAUAAAAUACUGGCAAUUGAAGCUAGAAAUGCUUGGGGACGAAUUGUUGUGUCUUUACAUUCUUCUUCUUGGAUAGACAGACAAAUACAACAUGUCAUUGAUGAGUGGAAGACUUGGGCUGUAUCGUCGUUCGUGAGAGUUGAACCUCUCAUGUUUAAAUGUUACAUUUGCGAAGAGGCUUGGUGGCAUUUAGACGAGUUCAGGACGCAUCUACUCAAUAACCAUGAGUGUGAUGGAGUCAGUUGCUCUCUAGAAAUAACCUGUCAUGAGUCCAAUCUCAUAGCUUACAUCGGUGAGGAACCUGAAUUCCAAGAGUUCGUUAUAGAUACAGAUUGUUGGAGAUGCGGUUAUGACUACGAGUUCCACAGGAGGAAUAGUAAGCACUCCGAUGUCUUAUAUCAUUGUAAAUAUUGCCAGUCGAAUUUCUUUACGUGCAAAACGCAUGUUGAACAUCUGAGCUCCUGCUUGGAAUACAGGAAGAUGAUGAAGAAAAACAAUAUGUACAAAGACGUUAUUGAGUUCUACCGUUGUUUCAUAUGUAAAAUGGUUAUGACAUCAAAGACAGUUUUGCGUGAUCACUACAAGAAUUACCAUGAUGUCCGUUCAGAUGUGCCGAUGGCAUUGUUUACUAAAGCUUGUUCGCUCUGUAGCAGUACGUACUUUGAUAAGUCCUAUCAUAAGUGCCCGAAGAAAACUCAAACUCAGAUUUGCCCCCACUGCCUUCAGAGAUUCCCCUCGAAGAUCAUGAAGGAUCUACAUGAGCAGGCUAUGGCAAAGAACUAUGAGUGUCGGAUAUGUAGUGAUAUUUUGCCGAGUCAGUGCAUGGAGAUGAUGCAUAUAGUGACUCACAGUGAUAAUUUUAAACUUUUGUACAAGUGUUUGACAUGUGAGGAGAAUAUCUUUCUGUUAAAUGAACUUUCUAUGAAACAGCAUGUUGUUAUAUGGCAUAGGAAAAAAUUUGACAAGAGGAGAAACUUAGUUGAAGUGGUGGUAGCGCCAGCUCAAUGUGUUACAUCAACAAUGGUCGAGCAAAUGGACAUUGUGACGUCACUGUCAGGGAAAUUCGAGAUUGUAACCAAACCGAACAUAAAUGGAAUUUUAGAAGUAUCUGGCUUGAGAAACUUAGAAGAGUUGUAUACCAAAAAGAAAGAAAAUAAAUCUAUUGACGCUGAUAAGUCAACGGUAAGCAAAGACGACAGUGACGUCGACGAACCUGACAUAAAAAUUAUAGAAGAUCCAAAUUACGAUAUGAACUAUGAUGAAGCUACUGAAGAUAACGUAAAUGGUAAUGAAAAUGUAGAUAAAGUUGUUGAAGAUACAAAUAAAGAUAUAGAUAGUGAUACUGUUGAAGGAAAUGUAAAUACAGAUGAUGUCGAAAAUAACGUUUUUCCAUUUAUAAUCCAUAAUGUAAGAUCUGAGAGAGUUGAGGCGAAUGUUGAUGAAGCCAAGUGUGAUGAAGCGGCUAGUGACGAAAACGUCGAUAAAGGGUCAUCAUCAAUUAAAUUAGAAAAAGAUGAUGACAUUGAAGAGUCAAUUCAAGAAGUCAAUUACAUUAUGGAUAAAGUUAUCAAACAAGAGCCCGGAUUAGAGAAUAGUAACGCUAAUAGCGCUGAAACUGAUGACUACGCAACUCUUUUGUCCAAAGUUUUCGGCGGUUCUCACUGUUUGACGGCCUCUACUUACGCAAAUAUAAAACAGGAGCCGUCAGACGACGAUUUCUACGAAGACGACAUUAUUAUUUGGAAUGAAAAGGAUCAAAUUGUCGAAAUGAAUUCACCGGAUAAACAGAGUCAAAUCGCGGUGAUACACGACGAACCGAAAACUAUAGAAAGCGACACUGAGAAAACAUCGCCCGUCAAUUCUGUGGACACUGAGCCGAAGAACUUGAAAAGGAAAGUGAAAUCAGUGGAAUCGGAACCUUCCACUUCAAAGAUGAAAUUCUACAACAAUAAAAAGAAGAAAUGUAACAAGUGUGACGCCGUCGGAUCCACAUUUGAGAGCAUAAAACACAUCAGCCAUUGCAGCGACCAUUAUAGCUGCACCAAAUGUAACGUGGAAUUCGAUUCGAUACAAGAAUACGUUGAGCAUUUCCCACGGCACGGUUACCCGGAGGAUACAUGUCCUGCAUGUGAUACGAGGAUGACGAAAAAGAUGAACUUCGCUGUUCAUAUACAAUUGCAUGUGAAACAGAUGUUUUUGAAAGUCCAAAUAUUAGAUAAGAAGGAGAAGGUUGCCAAUAUCGACUUAUUGUAUACGUGUAAGGAAUGUAAAGAAAUUGUGGAAAUAGAACUAUUGUUCAUACAUUGGGAGAAACAUUUGGAUAUGUCUAAUGUGUCGUUUGUGAAGACUGAGAUAAGCGAUGACAUGCCAGAAAGUACAUUGGAUAGGAAUUUGCUGUAUGAACUUAAAGGGAUCGUCAGCGGGAUUGAGAGGCUCCAUUCGCCGAUCAUAGUUCUCACGACCGACUUGAUUGCAGCCAGACUGCUGACGAAGACUUCGUUCACCGGCAACGAGGGCAAAGUCUGUUGCGUAUGCGACCGAGAAUUCACUAGGAGGAACGACCUCAAACGGCAUCUAAUAGAGCACCUCUUGUCGGACGCGUUAAGCUGUUUCAAUAAGCGCGACGGUCUCGUGUGCCAGUUGUGCGGCACCAAGAUAGACAAGAGCGAUCCGUUUAGGAGGCACCUCAGAGACCACGCCGCUCUGCCCGUUUACUCGUGUCGUAUUUGUUCGAGAUCGUUCAGCGAUUCUAGCAACUUCGCCAAACACAGGAAGACGCACAAUUUCAAAAACCUGAACGAGUGCAAGUUGUGCCACAAGAAAUUUCACAGCGUACACAAAUUGAUGAAGCACGAGGCGGACCAAGUUCAAAACGCUCCGGUUGAAAUGGGACCACAUGUGGUUGAUACACAAGCAGAGGAAACAGCACGCCGACUGUCCGAUAUGUCACGAGUCGUUCAGAAAGUAUCAAGACGUCCGAGUACACAUAAGAGAAAAGCACAAAAGGAAAGCGACUUGGAUGAACGUGAAGAAUAUGAUGAAAAUCGUGAAGCUGGAGUCUUCGGAUGA